ACUGGAUUACAUCCGGUUUAAUCGCAGUGAAUCGAAAGGUAAAUUGAAAGGUAAGUUCUGAUUGGUCAAUAAUGAAAUAAAUUCUUUAAUUUCUUAUCGAUAUUUGUCAAUCUUCUUCAUUAUUCUCGCAUUUCAUUGUUGAAAGGCCAAACUACCCAGUAUCUAUAUGCAUAACUCCUUUCAAACAUUUGAUACAUACUCACCAUAAAUUGUUAUCAGUUUCGCCACCUUAUUGACGAGCAGAUUUAUUUUAUUAUUAACCAAUCAGAACUUAUCUUUCGAUUCACUGCGAUUAAACCAGAUGUAAACCAGUCUAGCGAAAUUCUUAGGCACUUGGAUGUAUAAAAACACCUUUUUCUUCGACGUAACAGCAUUGGAGCGGAACGAAUGUAUACAUAUGUCAAUGUACAAGCACUCAAGUGGAAUAAUGACUACAAAUGAAAAUGGAGAAGAAAUCGAUCAAAUGCUUUUACGUGAUAAGAUUAAGAAAUACUCUUCGUUUAUUCUAGAUGAUAACUUCACAACAGAUGGUAAAAUGAACAACAUAUUGCGAAAACUUUUAGAUGAUUACCAGUGUGGUUUUGAUAGUGACGAGGAAAAUGUCAGAAUUUUAAACUUCAUUUCGUACCUAUACUGGAGAAAACGCGAUGGGGAGAAUGCUGAGUAUUUUGCUGAAAAAGCAAAAUCUUUCCAACCAAACAGCUUAAUCACUCUCCAUAAUGCGAUAAUAUUUCACUGUGAUUCUAAUGAGAUAUCACAGUGCAAGACAAUAAUGGAACAAGCUAAAAGUUUACGCCGAGAUAAAAAGAAAUAUAAGCAGCUGAAAGCAUUUGCAAGAGCAGAAAUUGCCUACUCUUAUUCUCGAAUGGGCCCAGAAUACCAUGAAAAGGCUCAGGAAUUAUUCCGUAAAGCAAUAGAUUACUUUUGUUGGCCAGAAAGACAUUACCUGUGGGAAUUUGGAUUAGCUAUAUCACUACGGAGACAGGCAAAUAUUUUUGGCAUGAGAAGCCCAGGCGAUUUCAAACCUGAAGCAAAGAACCAAGAGGCAAUACUCAUUCUAGAGCGCAUAACUCAAAUGUGUGUAGAUAGAAAACUUGCAGCAAGAGCAUGGGUCGAGUUAGGAAUUAUUAUGGCUUCAGGAGAAUGUGACAACAUGAAGCUACAUUGUGAGGGAUUUUCUAAAGAGGAGUGUUUCCAAAACGCUUUACUACUCUGCCCAAACGCUUAUUUUGUUUUGCAGCGGUAUGGACAACAUUUACGUUAUCUUCAAAAAUUUAACGAAUCAAAAAGAUGUUUAGAAAAAUCUAUUAGCAUCCAAGACACGCAAUUUGCACGACAUCACCUUGCUUUGACAUUAAUAAAAUUGGUGUUGAAAAGUGAUUCUAACACUAAUAAGGUAACUGGAAUCUACCAAAGAACAAUAUCAAAGAAAGCAUCAAAAUCAAAACCUAACUUCUUUUUGGGAUCAAUAUCAUCCCCCAAAUCAGUCCAGCGUUUCCCCAACCACCCAUUGUUAAAAGAGGCAGUUGUCCACCUGGAGAAAGCAUUAAAAAUAAACGAAGAUUUUGAUAAGGCUAGAUAUGAUCUAGGGCUAACGUACCGUUAUUUAGGUGAAAAUAAAGAAGCCCUUAAAUGCUUUUCAAGGAUAACCUCUGCGAGAUGGGGUAAAUCAUCGGAAUAUAAAGUCAUCAUUAUAAAUGCUUACGAACAACAAGGUAUAUGCAGUCUCGAACUGGCAGAAAUGGCGACAAAUGAUAAAGAAAAAUCGGAACUUAAAACGAAUGGUCAACGACUACUUUGGAAGUCCUUAGAAGUGGCAUCUCUGGUCAUUAAAACAUUGCCUUAUUUUAAGGAAACAAAUGCCGCUUUACCAACACUUAAAGAAUUGCUAACAGAAAAUGAAGACCCAAGGAAAUUUUCUAAGGAAAUGGCUAGACUUUAUGAUUUGGUCCAUGACCACGAUAAAGCCACAGACUUGUGCCAUCAUCUGCUUCAAAUAGACAACACAGACUCUUUUGCAAUCCGCAAAAUUGUUCAGGAAUAUGUUCAUUUAAAAGAUUUUGAUAAAGCAAUACGCACACUGCUCUUGCUUCGAUGUACAAAACAGUCCGAUUCACUGGAGAAAGACUUAUACUUAACCACCUUUCUGGAAGGAGCAAAAUACAGCCACGAAAACGGGGAUGACGAGGAAGCUAAACUGCGCUUCAUACAAGCAUAUAAUGUUGCUUCGUACGAUAAAGAAUGCAAGUGUUUAUCCGAAUGCAAUUGCUGUGACGUAUUUAUCUUCUGUGUCGAACACUUGGAUGACGUAUGCGCAUGCGAACUAUCUUACAAUCAUCUAGUACCUUGUAUUUCUUCUAUGUUAGGAAUCAACAUUUACUUUAAUGAUACUUUAUGCGUAGGUGGUACACUCAACCAAUCAUACAUGAUAAAAAUGAUAGAAGAGGCCAAGUAUAUCAUGCCCAUUAUCAAUGGAGGUCCAGCCGAUCAUAGUAACACCAGUUUGGGAUGUCUUCUCAAUGAAAAAAUUGAAUUGCAUCGGGAGAAAGUUAUCCCUAUCACUUUCGGAAAUAACAACCAUUCAAUUAAACGCUCAGUUGUAGUGAAUGGAGAAUCCUGUACACAAUUCGACAUGGCUGCAAACACAAUUAGUGAUCUGUUAUCAAAUAUCGUUAUGGAAAUGUCAAAGAUUUCUUUGAAAUAAGUAUUAGCUAAUAUCUUAUACUUGUAAAGGGUAUAGUAUUUAUGCCUCAUAUCGAAACGAGAUCGGGACAUGUGUAAAAGACAGUACAUGAACUUUUUUGUAUUAGAAAGAUUUAGUUACAGUAUUUGAAAGGAUUGAUGGAAUGUUUUAAGAUACCGUUUAAAGGAAUAUAUUUUUUUUAUAAGUUAAACGCAAGACAUUGAUGAAAAUAGUUAAUAGUAAUCGCCAAGCUAUGGAGAAAUAUGAACAGCUGAAAGCAUUUGCAAGAGCAGAAAUUUGCUAUUGCAUUUUCUAGAGUGGGUCAAAGACAGCAUGAAAAAGCUCCCCAAUCAUAUCGGAAGGCAAUAGUUUACACGUGCUUUUCAAAACCAAGUCAUUACAUUUAGAAAUGUAGGUUAGCCGUAUCAAUGAAAGGACAGGCAAACAGUUUUUCAAUGAGAAGUCAGACAAAUUUCAAACCAGAAGAAAAAAAUCAAGACAAUACUUAAUAUAGAGCACAAGAAGUGAUAUCACAACGAAUUUCUUUCUAAACGCUUCAUUUGUUCCACAAAGAUAUGAACAGAAUUUGUGGUAUGGUUCACCGAAUAUUAAUCUAAAGAAUUUUAGAUAAAUAUCCAGGAAACACAAUUUGCACAACAUCACCGCUGUGACAGUAACAAAACUGGUUUUAAAAAUGUGAUUCAUAAUGUGGCGGUAUCCUACUAUCUACCAAAGAACGACAUCAAAGAAUGUACUAAAGCCAGGAUAAAGGACGCUGGAUGGUCAACAAACUCAACCAACAGAUCUACUUAAAUUUUUUAGGAAUAAUUUUCAAAGUUUAAAAUAAUGGUUAUUUAAGAAAAAUUCCCCAAAAUUUUAACAUAUAAGUUUAUAUGUUUUUCUCAUAUCUUUAGACAAAGCUCUUAUUUUUACAGAAAUAUAUAUUGUUUAAAAAUGUUCACAAUCAUCCAUCCCUAAAAACUUCUUUUGGAGAAAUCUAAAAUUUUAAUAUCAUCCCCUAAAACAGUCCGACGACCAGAGAGUUUUCUGACAACUUACUGUUAAAUAUGCAGUUAGACACUAUGUGAGACCACUACAAAUGGACGAAGAUUUUGUUAAAUUAGGCUGGACUUGAUAUAGGACUUACAUAACUUCUUUGCAACAGAGAUGUUCUUUUAUAUCCAUAUUUGCGAAGAACAUCAUAUCUAUGAAUCAUAUUGAUGCAUGGACGUUGACAAAAUCAUUAGUCACGGACAACGUGUGUCAGUGUAAUGGCGUGAAAAGCAUCCUAGUAUUUGAGCUUUAAAAUGUAAAUAUUAUCUAAUACAUUUAUUGUAUCUUUAUACAGAGAUCUUCUUCUAAAGGAGAUAAAUAUGGUAUAAAAUUGCCACGCAUCCAUGCAUCUAGCUCUCUUUAAUCUUGAUAAAGACUCUUCCUUACAUUUUUGAAAUUUAAUCUUUCUUUUCGAUUAACUCUUUUUUGUACAUGCUAAUGAGAAGUUAUGAGUAGUUUUUGUGUUUCUUUGUGUUAUUGUAUUGUUUAAUAUGUAUGUACAUGUAAAACCGUUUUGAAUUAAAAAUCAUUAGAUCGAUUCAUGCAGACCUAUGCUGCAGAUAUAUCCAAACUAUUGUAUAUACAUGUAUAUAUGUAAUAAGUGAAUGUAUUAAUUGUAUAUUCCAUGCAAACUCGAGAUAAAAAAAGUCUAAAAUGCGUGAUGGCUUGUUUGACCACUGGUCAUAACAUAUACUAUAUUAUAGCAUGCAUUUUUUAUUUGU